AUGGUUGUCGACGACGACAUGUACGGCACAGAAAAGAGCUUCGGAAGGGCAUCGCAAAACUCGGACUGUUAUGGUGAGAGCUCGGUGCAUCGAGACGGUAUAGCCAUGAGGGUGCUGGACAGUUUCAAGCGUGAUCCAAAUUCUCACAUGACCCCCAAGGGUAGUUUGGGUGCCGACGGUACCGUAUACGACGUCGAGCAAGCAGCAGCCAACACGGCAAGCUCACCACUGGCGCGGAGACUCAAAGGUCGUCAUUUGCAGAUGAUUGCAAUCGGAGGCUCCAUAGGCACUGGCCUCUUCGUUGGUUCCGGCCAAGCACUAGCCAACGGUGGGCCAGCUGCGCUAGUAAUAGCGUACUGCCUGGUCGGUAUCAUGCUGUACUGCACCGUUCACGCCUUGGGUGAGAUGGCAGUCUUGUUUCCCGUUGCUGGUUCCUUCUCGGCCUACUCGACUCGCUUCAUCGACCCGGCCUGGGGUUUCGCCAUGGGGUGGAACUAUGCUCUGCAAUGGCUCGUCGUCCUGCCUCUGGAAAUCGUCGCCGCUACAUUCACCAUCGAGUACUGGACCAAAGACCAUGCCGGCACCAUCAACAACAACGCCUACGUGGCCGUCUUCCUGGUCCUCAUCGUCGUCAUCAACCUGUUUGGUGUCAAGGGCUACGGCGAGGCCGAAUUCGUUUUCGCCAUCAUCAAGAUCACUGCCGUAAUAGGAUUCAUCAUUCUGGGCAUCAUCAUCAACAUCGGUGGCGGACCUGAUGGUGGCUACAUCGGCGGCACGUAUUGGAGAAACCCAGGCCCCUUCAACAAUGGGUUCAAGGGUCUUUGCAGCGUCUUCGUCAACGCUGCCUUUGCCUUCUCUGGCACGGAGCUCGUGGGUCUCGCCGCUGCAGAAACCGCCAAUCCUCGCAAGUCACUGCCCACGGCCGUCAAGCAGGUCUUCUGGAGGAUCACCUUGUUCUACAUUGUCUCCCUAACAAUCGUUGGCCUUUUGGUCCCGUACAACGAAAAGCGUCUCCUACAAAACUACAACGGCGCGAAUGCCGUGGCUUCUCCUUUCGUAAUCGCCAUUCAGAACGCAGGCAUCGAAGGGCUCCCCUCCGUCUUCAACGCAGUCAUCAUGAUCGCCGUACUCUCUGUUGGUAACUCGUCCAUCUACGGCUCUUCUCGCACACUCGCCGCUCUGGCAGAGCAACAUCAGGCUCCGAGGAUAUUUGCCUACAUCGAUCGUCAGGGCCGCCCUCUCGUAUCGAUUGCCUUCGCUCUGGCCAUCGGUCUUCUCGCCUUCCUCGCUGGCGCCAACGACGAUCUCCGGGAUAAUGUCUUCAACUGGCUGCUUGCCCUUUCUGCGCUUUCCGCCGUCUUCACAUGGCUGUCCAUCUGUCUCGCACACAUCCGCUUCCGCAAGGGCUGGCACGUACAGGGGCACAGCCUGUCCGAACUUGCCUUUCGCUCACAACCCGGCCUGAUUGGAUCCUACGUUGGCCUCCUCUUCAACUGUCUCGUCCUCAUUGCGCAGUUCUGGGUCGCCGUGGUACCGCUCGAUUACAAGUAUUUAUCUACGGCAGACCGUCUGCAGCGCUUCUUCAGCAUCUACCUCGCGCUACCCGUCACUAUCGCGUUCUACAUCCCCUACAAAUUCUACUACCGCACCUUGGUAGUGCGGUCCCACAACAUGGACCUGCACACGGGCAUCCGCGAGCUGAACAUCGACGCGCUGAUCGAAGAGGAGCGCGAAGAGCGGAAGAAGUGGCCCAAGUGGAAGAAAACCUACAAGUUCCUUUGCUGA